AUGGCUCUACAUAAUGUCCGCCGUCCCUCUCCAGCUCGGUCCACUCUCCCGUUCUCCAGACAUGAGAGGAUAAUAUACACUCCUCUACACCCCUUCUGUGCUCAGUCGCCCUCCGCUCCACGGACGGCGUCUCUCUCUCUCUCUCUAUCCCCUUCUCACUCCUACCAUCGUGACCCCUGCCGCUCCAUACUGCUGAGGAGUCGUUUGCCGCGGAUGCGCGUAGCGAACCUGACUGUGAGCACGAGACCGAGUUUGACUGACCGAAACACGAGUCCCCCUCGCGCCGGCAACGAACACGAGAGACCACAACACUGUGAUUCCGGACCAACACCCGCACCAAUGCACGGCACGAAGGGGUCGAACGUUACCCCUCUCCGUCAGAGCCUCUACGAGGACCCUCUGGAUGACACGGAUGAGGAUCUGUCGGACGUUCCGUCCGACUAUGGCGGUUCCAAGCAGACUAAAAAACUCAAGUUGCCGGCGAGGGAUCGUUGGCAGCGAUAUUGCGCAGCGAAGGCAUCCGAGCCAGCUGUCGAUCCGCAAUGGUUUGAUGCGGAGGAGGCCCUCCAGCGGGCGUCCGCGAAGGACCUGCACCGGUUCUGGAACUGGGUCCUUGGGAAGCUGGAACGUGGGAAGGGGGGCCGCAAACUCAAAGGCACCAAGAAGACAAGCUCCCUCAAGAGUGACUGGAAGUAUUUUCAAGGCUACUACAGGAAAGUGACAGGAAACGGAAUCAGUGAGAAGAUGAGUGAAGAUGUUCGGCGAGGCAUGCAGUCUCUGGCCGACAAGCACGGUCUCGACAAUCAGCCACGCGAGAACAUCCCCGUCUACAUUGAGGAUAUGGUUCCUUCAACCAGACAAUCCUCCGGACAUGGGAGAAGUGAUUCCACCUGGGACUGCAACGGCUCCUGCUGUGCUUCUAUAACAUGCUGGAGGGAUCCGCACGGGGGACCGCCGGUGCCGACGGUUGACUUCAGGCCGGAAUUUAUCAAGCGAAAUCUUGGGAUGGGGAAACUCAACACAUUUGUAUUGCCGGAGAUUAUCUUCGAUGUCUCGCUUCUCUUCAGCCCACACAUCUUCCUUUUCGGUUUCCUGUUCCAUGCUGAGGCGUUCGAGAACUCUAGCCUCCAGACGAUGGAGGACGUCCAAAAGCUGGUCCCCGCGGGUGGCUGUCAGGAGAUGCCAUUGCCGCUGAAGUGGGAAAUGGAUAACUGGUACAUCUUCUGCAAGGUUGAUGUCCAGGAUGGGCAGGUUCGCAUCCUAUGUGAUACGCCUAUGAGUGCGAGCACGCUAGAUUCCCAGUUGAAGAGCGUGAGUGAGAUCCACGGAUUUCUCAACACGUUCUUCUCCCAUCAGUUCCGCUACGGCGGGGGCAAGCUGCUUGAUGAGAGUGGAUUUGUCAGUGAUUCGCAGAAGAAUGUGAUCAUGAACCACGCUACCAACCGCACCUUCGUCGCCUAUUACCGUACGCGACGCCACACCGGCCUGCAAGAGAUCAUGUGUGGUCUCAAACCGGAUGAGAGGACUCUGAGCUGCAGGCGGCCCAUCCGUAUUCGGGAGGACUUGAUCGACCUCUACAUGCGCACGCGGGAUGCUGCACUGGUGCCAUUGCUGCAAGAGCGACAGCGGGAGGUCAGCAACACCCGACGGAGGCUGCAGGACAAGCUAAUACACAAGCUGCGCUGGGAGUUCAGCCGGAACCAGGCGGUGGUCGAUAUUGAACGCCAGCUGUCGGGGUCUGGGUCGGCGGUUGACGACGAGGGUGCUCGGGAGGUGCUGCGGACGGAGUUUGAGAUGCCACCGGCACAGAUCCACCUCCUGGAGAAGCUUCUGACCUGGCUCACCUCAGACUCCCUGGAAGACGAGUGGCGACGACGGAAUGAGGCAGUUGAGGCCGUGAGACAGUACUGUGGCUUCUUUGAGGGCGGUCCACUGCGAGGGCGGCCGAAACGGGCGAUCCCGCCAACGGAUCCUCACAGCGAGAAUAUCCCACUCCAGAAGAAGAUCAGGCAGGAGGGUUGCCCAGCUCCUCCCUCUGGGGAGAAGAAGUGUCGGGCGGUUGAGAACCUUCACAGUGGGUCUGCGCCGGAUCCGCUGGCAUGCUUUCAGUGUGGGAAAAUGUACGUUCAACAUGUAGGGGUCAUCCGGCACUUCCGGACAGCGCAUCUCAAUGAUCGUCGGUGCACCCCCUGCGACCUCGCACUCCUCUGUGAGAUGGACCUGCGGAAACAUGCCGCGGUAGUUCACGGCGUCAGUACACGACCCCACAGUAUAUGUUGA